AUGGAGAACGAAGACCUUUGCCAAGCCUGCCAGGCUCUCUUCGUAGAGGUAAAAGAUCACCAGAUGUACAGACACACGCUAGGAGGCUUUUCAGAGUCUGCAACAAAUGGAUGCCGCUUCUGCGCCAUCCGCUGGGACAGACUUUCACGUGAACAGCGAAAUGAGAUUGUGAAACAUGAACACCGGAUUGAGGUCCGCCACUGGAAAACAAGGCAACCAAUGCUGCGAUUCCGCUAUGGCUCUCUGGUUGCCACGCUGGAAUUCUUGCUCUUUCCGAUCGAGGAUGUCAAGGACCUUGUCUGCACUACCGUUGUUGCUAGUUCCACAAGGCUUUCGGAGUCCUGGCCGCAAAUAAAGCGCUGGUAUGAAGAUUGUCUGCAAAAUCAUUCCAGAUGUCGUUCACUAUCGAGCAGCGAGAACAUGUACCCAGCACGUCUUAUUGAUGUCGGUUGUGGCCAGGAGGUUGAGCCACGUUUAUGCGAAACAUCCAACCUGAAAGUGGGAUUCAGGUAUCUGACGUUGAGUCAUCGCUGGGGCGAUCAUAGAAUCUUGUGUUUGCGAACAGACAAUAUCGAACAAAUGCGCAGGAAGGUGCUCGAGCCGGCGAUCUCUAAAACCUUCAAAGAAGCCAUGCUUGUCGUCAAGGCAUUAGGCGAAAGAUACAUCUGGAUUGACUCUCUCUGUAUCAUACAGGACUCGCCUAAUCGAUCUGAUUGGUUCGAAGAAUCUACGAAGAUGCACGCCAUAUACGCUAAUGCGUUCUGCAAUAUCUCAGCUACUGGCGCCGUUGAUGGCAGAGAUGGAUGCUUCUUCGACCGUUCCCCGCUCCUUGUUCAACCAUUGCGAGUUGAGAUUGCUGAGAGUGAAGAAUUAACUCGCGGUACUUAUCUCUGUGUAGAUUGGGACAUCUGGUCUAGCAAUAUUAAUAACGCACCGUUGGCUCGUAGGGCUUGGGUUGUGCAAGAGCGGCUCCUAUCAAAAAGAGUAAUUCACUUUAGUCAGCGGCAAAUCUUUUGGGAAUGUCGAGAGAGACAGACCUGCGAGAUCUUUCCCCAUGGCAUGCCACCUCAACUUCAACAGUCGCACGAGGCUAUUUAUAAAGGAAUUGACCCCGAUGUUGAAGGAGCCCGGGCUAGGGAGCGCCGUGGACUAGUAUCCCAUCCCGAGCUGAACGUCUAUGAGCUAUGGAAUUCGAUAGUCGAGGCCUAUACCCAGGCAAGCCUUACGAUGGAAGACGAUAAGUUCGUUGCGAUCAUGGGUCUGGCGCAGCGUAUUCAGGAACUCUUGAAACAGAGAUACUUCGCUGGUCUCUGGGAGAAACAUCUUGCAGACCAGCUUCUUUGGUCCCCAGCUGGUAGCCAGGGGAUGGUCAAACCACAAAAGUACAUCGCUCCAAGCUGGUCGUGGGCGUCCUUUGUUGUCCCUAUCAAGAGCCCCUGUCUUAUCAGGGAUACAACGGACGACAAUACACUGAUCCAGAUAGUUGAUCUGGAUGUCCAAACGAUCAACGAUCAUCCUCUAAGCCAGGUCACUAGCGGCUCGCUUACUCUUCGAGGAUCAUUGGUAAGGGGUAGGAUAUGGAAAGAGAUCCUCGAUGGGGGAGGUUGGGCGAAGUGA